AUGGACACAGUCGGAACGUUUGAAAUGGCCAGAGAACUUUCUAAGCAUGGCCUGUUCACGUGCAUCCACAAGUACUACACGGUGGAAGAGUGGAAGAGUUUUGCUGCUGAACAUCCCGAGUGCUUGGAGCAUAUGGCUGCCAGUUCAGGAACAGCUGAAGCGGACUACGAACGACUAUCAGAGAUCCUGAACAACGUGAAGGAACUGAAAUUCGUCUGUUUGGAUGUCGCCAAUGGAUAUUCACAGCACUUUGUAGAGUACGUACGAAGGGUGCGCGCCGGCUACCCGACACAUACCAUCAUUGCUGGCAACGUUGUAACAGGCGAAAUGGUCGAAGAGCUUAUUCUUUCCGGCGCUGACAUAAUAAAGGUGGGCAUAGGACCGGGCUCCGUAUGUACGACACGUAUAAAGACUGGAGUGGGAUAUCCGCAGCUAUCCGCCGUCAUCGAAUGUGCCGACGCAGCGCACGGACUUAAGGGACACAUCAUUUCUGACGGCGGUUGUACGUGCCCGGGCGACGUGGCGAAAGCGUUCGGCGCCGGCGCUGACUUCGUAAUGGCGGGCGGCAUGUUCGCCGGACACGACCAGUGCGGGGGCGAGGUGGUCAGCAAGCCCGACGGGAGACGCGUGAAGCUGUUCUACGGCAUGUCAUCCUCCACGGCAAUGCAGAAGCAUUUAGGUGGCGUGGCCGACUAUCGCUCCUCGGAAGGUAAAACAGUGGAGGUAGAAUACAGAGGAGAUGUAAGUGCAACAGUAAAGGAUAUUCUAGGCGGCCUACGAUCCGCCUGUACCUACGUAGGUGCAGCCAGACUUAGGGAGCUGUCAAGAAGAGCCACUUUCAUACGUUGCUGUAGGCAGGUCAACGAUACCUUCUCCUAA